AUGGCGAUUGCCUUUCCAGGCAAUCCAUUCUCAUUAUCAUUGGCCCGCCAGCUCUUCCACCUCUUUCCGAUGGUUUUUCCGGUUCCGCCUGACCUCCACUCGCAGCGUGGAAUACCUUGGGUCUUUCCUUCUUCCACCUCCAUUCCUCCUAUACUAUUCCUCACCCCUCCUUCCCUCUUUCUCACACCCCUCAAUGAGGCCGUCCUCCCUCUCUUUCUCCCUGCCUCUAUCCAAUCCAUCGCCGAUGCCACACUGGGAGCUGCGACUUCCUUCCGUCCCUUCCCUCAUCAUCGCCCACCCUCAACGCAGCGCUCACCUAUGCUGGCCCUCGCACCGCCCGUCCCCAUUUGUUGGCCUCUUCUCUCCAUCUCACUCGCGCUCCUCGUUACACACUUUCUAGCGCACGUCCAUGCACAUCAACAUCUCCGCAUCCCCUCGUUUUCCAGUCCUCCUACUUCACACUCACACCCUAGACUGCGCUCUUGUGGACGACGUCUUUCCCGAGUGCAUUCUAUCCUUCACCACCAUCGGUUAGUGCAAUACACCCGUAUCGCGUUUCGCUCAUCAAAUCCCGUAGAGACAGUUUCUCUUAGCGUAUCUAAGAAGAAUUCGAUUAGGAAACAGCGGCGUAGCUCUAUCACUAGCCGUCUAGGAAACGCGAGGACUGCGACCAGCCAACCAGAAAAGCAAGACAGUCAAUCUGAGGAGCUGUUGAGACUGAUUGUCGAGGCGUCGCCCAGCGCGAUGCUUUUAAUCGACAAGUUGGGGUCGAUCACCCUUGUCAAUGCACAAACUGAGCAUCUAUUCGGCCAUAGGCGAGAAGACCUGUUGGGAAAAUCGGUCGAGAUGCUGAUCCCCUCGCGCUUCCGCGUCCGUCACCGGGGCUACUGCGAAGACUUCUUCACACACCCCGACGUCCGCCCGAUGGGCGCCGGACGCGAGCUCUACGGCCUGCGUGCUGACGGCACCGAGUUCCCCAUCGAGAUCGGGCUCAAUCCGAUGGUGAUAAAUGAAGAGCGCAUGGUCAUCGCAUCGGUCAUCGACAUCACCAAGCGCAAGCAGGGCGAACAGCACCUCCGGCUCGUCAUCGAUGCGACGCCAAUGGCAAUGGUCAUUGUUGAUUGCGAGGGCAUCGUCCGGCUAGCCAACGCGACUUCGGACAAGCUCUUCGGCGCAAUGCCCAGCCGGCUGAUCGGCGAGCGCAUCGAGACAUUGAUCCCCGAACGUUUCCGUGCCCAGCAUCCCAACUUCCGGCAUGGCUUUUCCGUGCAUCGGGUUACCCGACCGAUGGGGACCGGGCGCAAUCUGUAUGCGCGCCGCCUAGACGGGACAGAGCUUCCCGUCGAGAUCGGGCUUAGUCCGCUGGAGACCGAGGAAGGCCGUUUCGUCAUCGCCUCAAUCAUCGACACCACCGAGAGGCAACGCAACGAACGGCUGCAGGCGCAGGUCGACGUAGCCGGGGCUGAGGCCGCAAGCCGCGCCAAGAACGACUUCCUGGCGAUGAUGAGCCACGAGCUCCGCACUCCACUCACUGGUAUCUUGGGCAUGAUCGAGCUGUUACGCAGCGGCCACUCGACCGAGGAGCGUGAGACGCUGAUGAACGCCAUACAGUGUUCGUCCAACAGCCUCCUCACUGUCAUCAGCGACAUUCUUGACUUCACCAAGAUCGAGGCCGGCCACCUCAGCAUCGAAAACAUCGAUUUCGAGCUGACCUCCAAGGUUGACAUGGUCAUUCAACCGUUUAUCAAGGUCGCCCUCGACAAAGGUUUACGGCUUAAUUACAUCGGCCCCGACUCCUCGGCGGCGCCAUUCAUCGUUCGGGGUGACCCAACACGCUUGCGUCAAAUAAUCGUCAACCUAGUGGAAAACGCCAUCAAGUUCACUAAGACCGGUGAGAUCGAGGUCGGGGUUUGUGCACCAGAGCACGACGACAGCGAGCACUGGCGGUUUUUCGUUCGCGACACAGGCGUCGGCAUCGAGGAGAUGGCGCGAAAGAAGCUCUUUGAGCCGUUUGUCCAAGCCGAUCAGUCCAUAACGCGCAAAUUCGGCGGAACAGGACUGGGGUUGGCCAUCUGCCGCCGUCUCGUCGUGGCGAUGGGCGGUGAGAUCGGCGUGCAAAGCACAGUGGGCGCCGGCUCCACUUUCUGGUUCACCCUGCCGCUGCGCAAAGGCGAUGCUACCGUGCUCAAGCGCUGCUAUCAACUUAAGUGCGAUCCGCUCGCACGCACGCUGCACCCGCUCAAAAUCCUAGUCGCCGAAGACAACGAGAUCAUUCAAGCGCUCGUCGGUAAGAUGCUUGAGCGGAUGGGGCACCGGGCUGUUUGCGUCGGCGACGGCUACACGGCGUUGCAAGCGGUCAAACAUGGUAGUUACGACCUAGUGCUGAUAGAUAUGCAUAUGCCCAUCAUCGACGGUGCCGAGUGCACGCGCCGCAUCCGCCAACUUGACGGCGACGCUUCUAGGAUCCCGGUAAUCGCAUUAACCGCUGACGCCAUACUCGACCACCACAAGCGCUACAUCGAGGCUGGCGUCGAGGAGGUGCUUACUAAACCGAUCGACCUCAUACAGCUGCGUACGAGCCUCGACCGGAUCGAGCAAGCUAUCACGGGCAAGGCGGCCUUCGAUAGGGAGCGUGUCCGCACACUACCUGAUGCAAUCGACGAAGAUGAGGUGAAGAAAUCGUUCGGCAGCUUCGUCCAAAACGCGGUCAAUCAGCUUUCCAUGAUAGGCGAUGUAUCGGCUGUUCGCGCUAUAACGGUUGCCGAGGCGACCGAGGCGGUCCAGCACAGUGAGCCUGGCACGCUGGGGCGUUCCGUCGAGACGCUCGCCGAGCGGCUUGACACCACUUCACUGACACCGCAACAAUUUCCAACUCAUCCGCAAUGUAUAGUAACCGUACCUGUUGAAUUCCUGCUCUCUCAGCUCACGUCAUUACUGGUGGCGUGUCACCUAAUUCGCUAUAAUACACCGACAACCUUUAAGGUUACCAUAGACCUAACUCUUGCUUAUAUAGCUUUGACACCGAAACCACGGUCACUCCACUUGGAGCACGUAACAAGAAAUGUCAUUCAGAUCCCCCUAUUUUUGUAGGGUAGUAGUUCAACUUGCUCUUUCCUGUACAUAGUUAGGAAGGAAAGGAGGAGAAGUGGUGAGAAAGCAAGGUGUGGAAAGGAAAAUUGGAGGAGAAGGGAGAAGGAAUGAGGACCACAAAGGCAAGAGGCGGCUUUUUCGAAGAUGACAAUAGAAACGAGGCCGGAUAAAAU